GUCGGUGUUUGCGGACUCUGGUUUUAGGAUUUUUCUAGAGUUUUUCUCCGCACUUUUUCGACUUUUCGUCACCUAAAUUCUCCAAUUUUCGCCUAAAUUUCCGCAAAAUAUGGAAUCCUCAUCACGAAUCGAGAUUGCUACCUUGAAAGACGAGCUUCUCGACGAACUCAAGCGGCGGGUCGCUGAGAAAACUGCCCAAAAUGUCAAACUUCAGCAGGAUGCGGAAGAAAUCUCGAAGAAACUCGAUGCGGCGUUGUCACCGAGAAAGGACAGAAUAACUCAACUGGAAUCUCGCCUCGAAGUUGUGCAACAAGCUGCCAAAGCUCAACAGAAGCGGUGGGAAGGGGAGCUCGCUUCAUCGAGAGCUCAAAAUGAGCAACUAUCCGAAGAGAAAAGUCAGCUGCAGAAGGAGAAUGAGGAGCUUCUACUGGUAUUGCUGCGUACCGAGGGAAUCGUCGACGCCAACAAAUCACUCAGUGAGCAGCUGGCGAAUGCACAAGACGCGGAGGUGUCGAUGACUACUUUGAAAGAGACAGUUGCCAAGCUGGAAGAGGAGAACAACGUCCUUCAAGCCACGUGGGCCGAGGAGCGAUCUGGACUCGUCAACGAGCUCAUCGACACCAAGGAAAAGCUGGCGAAGUCGGCUCAGGCUCAAACCGAGCUCGACGAGAGCCACAGAGAUAUCAUGACUGCAGUGCCAGUUGCGAAGCGCACGGCAAUGGACGAAAUGUUCCCGGAACUGGACCCAGCCAUUCGCCAACUCGUUCAUCUCAUCGGCCAGAACGAGAACUACAUGUAUGCGGCCGCCGGACUCGCCUUAUAUGCACUUCUCAUCCAUCUUUACAUUCUUUUGUAAUUAUAUUCUACCCCUUCUACCCAGAAACGUUGUUCAUUUCUAGACACACAAAAAUUCUAAUAAUUUGUUAUUGUUCUCUAACCUUGUUCAUACCCAUAACCGUAUUGUUUUUUGCCUGUUUUUUUCUGAAAUUCGUGUAGGAUACCCCAAUAUCUCCCGCCUCCCAUUGCAUUCCUGUUUUCAAUAGUUUUUAUUAAAUUUAUUUUUUUAAUUGAAUCUAAAAAGGCUGGAAAUUAAAAAUUUUUAACGUUUUUCUGGAGUUUUUAAAAAAUAUGCAAUCAAGCAAC